CCAGACUACCGUGAGACCCCUUGCGAGUCAUCCAGGCCUUGAGGUUUAAAUUGCAUCGGAUCCUCCUGUUAUCGUCCUGAAUUUUCGCUCUAGCAUCUCAUACCGGGCAUGAUUUAACUUUCGCAGAUACUACUUCUGUCAAAUCUCCAUCGAAGUUCAUCUCUGCGUCUUAAACCCUUUGUCGUGCAACAUGGAAAAGGACGAUAACAACGGCAAGGCCGUAAACGUUGAAGAUGCUGUAAGCAACAGUGCUGGUGUUCUCCUAUACGACGACGACGGGAAUGUGCGAAAUCUGCCAGUUCCAUCAUCAGACCCAAACGAUCCUCUCAACUUUGGGAUUUGGCGACAGCGUCUCGUUCUCUUGGCCGUCUGCAUGUACGGCAUCGCUGGAUUCGGCGUCAUCCAAUCUACACCGCUCUUCUUUGGGAACCUCAUCGCUGAAUACAUGAAGCAAACGCGUGGUACAUUCCAUCCCGAGCGCAUUGCAGACCUUGCUAGUUAUCCUUCCCUCUGCAUGGGUUUGGGAAACUUCUUCUUCGUUCCCUUGUCCAUGGCACUCGGUCGUCGCUUUUCCUUCAUCCUUAGCAACAUCAUCUUCGUGGCAUCGAUCAUCUGGGCCGCCAAGUCACAGUCGUUUGAGUCUCACCUUGGAGCACGCUGUUUGCAGGGUCUCACUGCGGGCAUCUCUGACUGUCUGUUACCGAUCAUCGUCCUCGACAUGUCUUUCCUCUAUAAGCGAAGCGCACGACUCAUCGCAUACUGGGCACUUACUGCUAUCGGAUCGUCUAUACUACUGAUCCCCAUCCCCUUCAUCGUCGAGCACGCGGGCGGUAAUUGGAGACUCAACUAUUGGUUCUGGUUAGCAUUUGCAGUCUUUUCGCUGGUACUCAUCGUCUUCUGCGUACCCGAAACCCUUUUCAGUCGUCGUGCUGCCGAGCUUAGUGGAAGAAUCCACGCAACAGAUGCCUACGGUACUCACCGAACUUUCGCUUCGCCCCAAGCUGCCCGCGAUGCUGGCUUCGACAUUGACGAUGCUCAGUCAGAGACUACGCCCAAAGAGCUCUCGUAUAAGAGUCAGUUUGCGCUCUUCACUGUUCAACCGUCUCCUAUUACCCGGUUUCUCGGCGCAUACAAAGAUAUUUUCCUGUGUAUUCUCGUCCCAGGAACGCUUUGGGUACUCCUAUUCAACAGCAUGGUGUUCGGUGGUCUUGUAGUAUUGAGCUUGACCUACGCACAGCGCCUUGAAAUGCCGCCCUGGAAUUUCUCUCCAGAAACAGUUGGAACAGUCCAAAUUGGAGCAGCUAUUGGGGCACUCUUUGGUCUUGGAUAUGGAGAGCUAGCAGAGCCUAUCAGUCGCUACUUGACCAAGAGAAAUGGCGGCGUUCGAGAGCCUGAGCAUGUUUUACCGAACUUCAUUCUUCCUGCGAUUUUCUGCUUUCUAGGCAUGAUCAUCUAUGGCGUUGUGGCUGCAGAUCCCUCCAGCUAUAGUUGGGUAGGCAUGCAUGCUGCCUUUGCUUUGUUCUACUUUGGCUUCUGCGCUAUUUCAGCGGUGACCGGAGUUUGGUUGGGAGAAUUGCUGCCGCACAUGUCGGGUCCUGCAAUUGUACUGACUUGUGGAGGAAGAAACGCCAUUUCUUUUGGGUACAGUCAUUCAUUCAAUUCAUGGAUCAACGCGAUGGGUAUUAGAGAUACCUAUAUCCUGUUUGGAGGUAUUCUUUUUGCCCUAGGAUCUCUCGCUGUUCCCCUGUUCUUUUUCAAUGGGCAGAUUCGUCGGGCCAUGGAGAAAAUCCCGUUUUUUGGCACCUAUUGAGGUUCUCCGGGAUUUGUUGGGGGUUGUACUAAGGCAUAAUUGUUAAACAACAGUUGAGAUGUCGGAUAUGGUCAUUCAGUGUUUUUGAGAUACGGUGAAUUAUCAUUACGGACAUGGGUAAGUGUAACUAAAUUGUUCAAGUUUCGCAUACCCUAUAUGCUACUGGUCGAAUUUGAUGAAUGCGAUUGUCAAGGAGGGGAAAAGGCACGCUUAGGCCUUCAUUAACGUUCACCGGCCCUGAGUAAGCUCUGUAUCCGUACAGAUACCGUUACUUCGGUCGCUGGAUUGAGUUUCAGCUUGCAUGAUCUGAUAAGCUCCAGUCCAACCCAAUGCCGACUUUGGUAACAUCGGCAAGACGUGACGGAGGAGGGAGAGGCCACAGCAGAUCGGACAGCAGUCUAAUAGUCCACAAUCUGACAAUAAAAAUGAGUAAUU